AUGCAAGAAUAUGAUAACCAUACCAACAACAAAGCUUCGAGGUUUGUGGAGCAUUUUUUGGAUUCCAAAAAAGGAGAUAAUGUGACUGGAAUCUAUCAAAUUAAGCAAUACCUCGUAAAAUAUGGUUACAUGAGCCCUCCCCAUGUCCAAACCGAUAGCAACAAUGAUGGUUAUUUCAGUGAUGAACUAGAAGCUGCGGUAAAGAAGUACCAAGUCUUCUUCCAUCUCAACGUAUCUGGAGUUUUAGAUUCAAAAACAUUGUCUUUGAUGGGAACCCCUCGUUGCGGGAAUUCAGAUCAUCGUGCAGUUCAAAAUGAGCAACACAAUAUAACCAAAUCAUUUUAUUCUUUAUCCCAUACUAAAUGGGAUAAGGUCGACCUAAUUUUUGUUAUUAAGCCAGGAACACGAUCAGAUGCCCUGGACCCAAUUAAAAGAGCUCUAGAUGCAUGGGACAAGGUGAGUGCACUCACAUUCGCUCGUGGCGAACUCUUUAACGCUGAUGUGAAAUUCAGUUUCUUAGCGAGACAACAUGGAGAUAACCAUCCCUUUGAUGGUCCUGGUAACGAGUUGGGCCACAGUUUUUAUCCACCUAAUGGCGAGGUUCACAUCGAUGCAGACGAGAAUUGGGUGGUCGGAGCUGUGCCCGGUGGAUAUGACAUCUAUACUUUGGUCCUACAUGAAAUAGGUCAUGCUAUUGGACUUGACCAUAGUGGUGUUGAAUCCUCUAUUAUGUGGCCAGUUCAAAAUCAAGGUGCGGUAAAAGACCUAGGGAAUGAUGAUAUUGAUGCAAUAAAGGCAUUGUACCCUGAAUAA